CACCAGUCACAGGUAAAUAAUCAAUCAUGUAGUUUACAACAUGAGAGGAGGGCAUGUGCUGUUGUGGGAUAUUGUCUAAUUGAUCUUUUCCAUUGAAACAGAGAACAACUGUGGUGUCUCUCAUACAAAUCUGAGCUCUUUUUCACAAUGAGAGUAACAAGGGAUUCCUUUAGAGUGGAGCUGAAGCAUUAAAGAGGUCAGCUGAGAUUGUUGUGUGUUCGGCCUAUCGCAUGUCCAUAUAGCCUGGAGGGCUACACAUUGUAACAUUUCCCAUGAUUGGAGCAGGGAGGAAACUUUGAUCAGUCUAACAUUACAUCACAGGAAACAGGUCCAGGCCAUACCAGGACAGAAAGGGCCCACAUAUCCAGGCCAUUUCAUUAGAUAUUUCCGGUGCCCACAUAAGCCUGGCCCAGAAACUUUUCCUGGGGUAACCACAGCUUGGCACUCAUGCGUGGAGAAAAUGAAAAUGGCAGAAAAGGCGGGAGAGGAAGAGAGCCUUGUAUGAAGAAACACCACUAAUGGCAGACCUGCUCUAGAUUUCACAGACGGCUCCACCGCUGACUCCUUGGGUCUCGAAGUUCGUCCCAUGAGCGUGAACCUUCCCAGGAAGCACCACACCACGCUCUCCGGGAGUAUGAACAUCUCGCGGCGGAUGUCUGGCGCCGCCCUGUCCGCGAGCAGCGGGAACCUCGGGAUCAUGCGAGCGGCGAAAAGCGGUUCCAUGACCAGCAUGAACUCGGAGCUGUUAGACUCACAUAUCGUUGAUCAGGAGGACAUUAUAUCACUCACACACGACGUCAGAAGCUUUUCAGACGCCCUCGCAAGGCUCAAGAACAUCUUCCUAGACAUAGAAAAGUGCGACACACGACGAGUGGCGGCACACGAGAGACUCGGGGAGGUCCUGUGCAUCCUGAAGAGUGUGCUGGGGAAGUAUCCCCCUCUCCACUCCACCGAGAUCCUCACUGCAGCAGGCACUCUCAUCAGCAAGAUUAAAGGCUACAACUAUGAGGAGGAGAGAGAAGUGCCUUCUGACUUCUACGACGCCAUCGAUCAGCUGGCCUUGGCCUUCAGCAGCAGUGUGUCGGAGUACCUGAUGGGGGAUGUGGAGCAGACCACCACACCCACCGCCCCACAGUCCGGCAAAACAAGGUCGCACGAAAACCUGUCUUCAGCAGGUGCAAUCCAGGAGAACUCCCACAGCAGACAUCCCAGUCAAGAACACACACCUGACACAGGGGCGUUACCUGCAGAGGAGAUUGACAACACCCUCCUGAGGCUGGAGUCAGGGGUGGACCUCGCCCUUCAGCGCUGCAAAGCCUGGUCCAAAUAUGCCAAGGAUAUCAUCACUUAUGUGGAGAAAAAAGCCAGCUUAGAAAUGGAAUAUGCAAAGAGCAUAGCCAAGCUAGCACAGAACACGAGAGCAGUUAUUACAGAAGAUAGUUUUCUACCGUUCCAGUCGAUAUAUUGUACAGCAUUAGAUCAGGACAUAGAGCAUUAUAACACAUGCCAGGCCACAUGUACCUUACUACAAGGGCACAAGUUUGUCGAGCCUCUCACCAUGAGGAGAAACGACCACGAGAGAAGAAGAAAAGAGUUUAAGGACCAGUGGCAGCAUGAGAGGAAGAGAUUGCACGACUCCUUGUCGAACCUGAGAAAGUCCCGUCAGCAGUACGUGAUGAGACAGCAGGAGUAUGAGAAGGCUAAGGAGUCUGCAGCCAAGGCUGAGACUGAGACCAUCAACAGUAGCAUCAGCACUCCCAGUCUGGGCACCAAGAGCACGGGGGGAGGAACCAAGCUGGACAAGAAGAGGAAGAUAGAAGAGGACUGUCUACACAAGGCCGAGGAAGCAGAGACGACAUACAAGGCGUGCGUGGUGGAGGCUAACAGCAGACAGCAGGCGCUGGAACAGAUGAAGGCACAGGUCCUGUCAGGACUGAGGGAACUCAUCUACCAGUGUGACCAGACCAUGAAGGCUGUGACAGUAGGAUACUUCCAGAUGCAGCAUACUAUGGCAGCACCCAGCCCUGUACAGUUCCAGACGCUGUGUGAGAGCUCCAAGCUGUACGAACCAGGCACUCAGUUUGGAGAGUUUGUCAAGGGGCUUCCUCCCUUGUCUUCAAACUUCAACAACAAUGUUGUGUACGAGUUCGAGCCAUACACUGGCAGCUACCAGACCCAGCGGCCGAGAAGAGCGAGCAGCGUGUCUGCGGGCAGCGCCGAGUUCAGUUCCUCGAUGGACGACAGCCCGAUCGACAAACACAGCACGCCCCACCCCAUCAAGGCUUGGGCGCACUCUCCCCAGGCCAUCCCCGGGAGCGAUACGGACAGCGCCAGCGGCAGUAGUACCAGGUCGCUGGACCCCUCUCCGUCAGCGAGCCCCGGGGAUCCGCCCAGGAAACUUCCCCGCGCUCCCUCCACGGGGACAAUGUCAUCGGGAGAUGAACUGUUAGACGAGCAGGAGAGCCCGGGGAUUGGCAUUGACCCCAGGUUCAUCAGCGGUAUGACCCCAGACGCCUCCCCUGGACCCUUCCGUAACCUGGUCCUGUCCAAGGCCGCGCACACCCACCAGUUCAGGAAGCUGCGUACACCCUCCAAGUGUCGGGAGUGUGACAGCUACGUCUACUUCAACGGUGCAGAAUGUGAAGAGUGCAUGCUGGCAUGCCAUAAGAAGUGUCUGGAGAGCCUGGCUAUCCAGUGUGGCCACAGGAAGCUCCAAGGGAAGCUGAGUCUGUUUGGAGUGGACUUCCAUCUGCACUGUAACACCCAUACGCAGGUGCCCUUUGUAAUACAGAAGUGUAUAGAGGAGAUAGACAGCAGGGCGCUCAUGGUCAAGGGUAUCUACAGAGUAAACGGAGUGAAGUCGCGUGUGGAGAGACUCUGCCAGAGUUUUGAGAACGCAGCAAACCUGGUGGACCUGUCCAACUGUCCGCCCCAUGACAUCGCUAACGUGCUGAAGCUGUACAUCAGGCAACUCCCCGAACCUCUGCUCACCUUCAGACUCUACCCAGAGUUUGUCAAGGCAGCCAAGGAGUACUUUCUCAGUACCAAGUCCAGUAGGGUACUGUUGACUGGAUCCACACCCAACCUUACGGAACUGGACAGAAACAAGGACAGCCAGAGUAGCUUGAGUACCCUUGUAGCCAGUGGGAAGGGAACAGGGAACAGUCUGACGAGUGCCCACAAUACUGCUGUAGCCUCCAUGAGAGAACUGGUCAGGAAACUCCCCAAACCUAACUUCAACACAACAGCACUCCUCAUGCACCAUCUCAAGAGGGUUGCCGAAAAUGAGGAUUUGAACAAGAUGACUGCCAGCAACUUGGGCAUCGUGUUCGGACCAACUCUUCUCAGACCAAGCGAGACCCAUGUGACUCUGUCCUCGCUGGUUGACAUGCCCCACCAGACACGUGCAAUAGAGCAACUCAUCACAAAUGCAGAGGAGAUCUUCGGGGACCUGACAGACUUGGGGCUGGCUCCUCCCAAGGAAAUCCCUGCUACACCUGUUGAGGUCAUCCCCUCAGGGGAGGGGGGUGCCGGCAGGAAGGACUCCAACCCUGAGGGGGAGCCCCUGAGUGAGGGGGACACAGGGGCAACUCAGAAACAAGUGUCGGAACAGGGGACAAAACCAAGAGCAUCCAGUGAGAACGGUGGGGACGACUUGCUGAGUCAGCUGCACAACCAGGACAGAGUGGAGUCCCCUUCAGAACAGAUUCCACAGGUGAAUGUUUCAAGCAAUCAGAGAGUCUUGAGAAAGAAAAGGGGUGUGCUGCUACCAGGCAGUAUGAAGCUAGAUGAAGAGGGCAGGGGAGAAAAUAUAGAGGACAAUUUCUCUGGCUUGGUGGAGCUUUCCUUAAGCAAAGACAAGGCCGACUCUCCCAACAGCCUGGAUGCAAAUGACCUAGACGACCUUGACCUUGACCUGCCGGACAGUUCCAGUCCUGUCCCCCCUCCCAGGAGGAAGUCCUGUCUUCCCGCCGAGUCCGUUCCAACGACUCUGUCUCCCUCGGCCAAAAAGUAUGAGGUGAAGAUGAAAACAGACCAGGACUGCCAGACUGACUUUUCCAGCGACUCGAGCGACUUCCUAACGGAGGAACAGAAGCGGUGCUCGAUGUACAUGGCCGUGGACAACACGGGCAGCGUGACGAAUGUACCAAAGUCUCUAGGCAGGAGCAGCAGCACAGGAGACUUCAAACUGACGGCAAACCUGCCCCUGAAGUCGCCCCUCAUGAGCACGUCUGCCCUCCCAAGCAGACCAACUGUCAGCACAGGUGUUCCCAAGCCAAACGCUUCCACUCCCGCUGGGAAAACAGGGACAAGUUUGUCAUGGUCCGGUGGAACAUCAACUCCCAAAACACAGCAACAGAAAUUCCCUGGUUACACACCAACAUCGUACUCUCUUCUUCACUCUGCCAGGUACAACAUACCUGAGCUGAAGGGCACUUCGCCAAGUUUGUCGGGUUCGCGAGUUAGAAAUGUUGGAUCAGCAGCCGCCAUUUCACAGGAGAAUAUUGGAAAUAAUAGUCCGGACAGCUCGAGUAAUGGACAGAGAGAACCACGCUUUGUGUAGGAAUUUAGAGGCUAAGCUUUCAGUGAGCAAUAUUUCCUGCAUCGAAUGCUAAGGGGACCGUUAGAACAGUAGUUAUUGCUGUGAAAGCGACUGUUUUAGGAGAACUGUACAUUGACAUUGUCAUUCCAUAAAUUACAAUGUCUAUGAAUAUUUCCUGUGCCUUAUCCGAUACAGCAAAAAAUUUGUACUUCCAUUUCGGUAGGAGUAUUGCUAUAUGAACUUACAGUACACUUAUCAUUUAUAUCCGUAGCUCAGAAAAGAAAAAAAGAAAUUUCAAAACAUGAAUGUCAAGGCUUUUAUACUUUUUAUAUGUUCCAUGACACUUGCUAUCAAUGUAUUCUUUGUUAUUAAUACACCAUUGUAUUUGUAAGCAAGGAUUGGAGACCAAAAGACCAUUGUACUUAAAAUGCAUUGUACAACAAUGUAUCCUUUAUGGCCUAUCUAUAGAGCAAGAACCUAUCAUUUUUAUACAAGUGGCCUGUGUACAAAGUAAGUUGUGUCCACUGUAGUAGCCUUUUGUACAUAGAUUUAUAUGAUAUUAUGCACUGUAUGGAACUGUAUCAUAAAAAUUUUAAUUCCUGCAAUAACUCGACUUAGAAGUAAGGAAUGCAUGUAGUUUUGGAGCCUGUAUGAGUAUUGUAUGGAAAGCCUGUUGGGAGUGUUGUAAAAUCAUGACAUAGGAAAUAUUUGAAGCAUAACUGUAGUACUGCCAUGCACACUGUACUUCAGAAAGCCCACCAGUGUUAGAAGGCAAUAUUUCCUUUGAUCAUGUGCAAAACUACUAUUAUAUUACAUGUACUUCUCAAUCUUGAUAUGUGCCCAACACUACCACUACCUCACUGGCCUACUGUCCUGAGAGUUUUCUGUGAGAGUUGAUGUUACCCUUGUCAUGUGUAUUCAUGCAUAUUUGAAUCCUGCUCAAUACCGGUAAUGCUAGUUUUCUUUACUGCUGAGAUAAAUCUUUUUGCAAUGAUCAUCUAAGAGGUAUCUGACUGUAGCAGAGAGAAUUUAGAACACGUUAGGAGAGAAAUGUUGCUGAUAGGACUUACCUACCUUCCACAUCUUUAUUCCAUGACAUUCAUGAUGCUGCCUAUGUGUAAACAAAGGAAUCCUGGCACGCUGUAUGUAGCAGAGGUUGACGGCAUUUGAAACUUUUAUAUGCUUUGUGUCCCAAGAGCUAGCUGUGUCAUUUGUAUUACCGAUCAUGACUACAUUACCUAGCAUUUACUUCCUGUUAGACAUAUUGGUAGGAUGAGAGAGAAGUUUGAAGCUGCCAUUCCAGGUGCAUGUAGGGUAAGCAAAGUCAAGUCAAUACGGAUUUCUUACUAAGGUUUCUUUGGCUGUGAAUUUCAACAUACAUGGUACUAUCAUUCCCUGCAAGAGCUGGCAAAGUAUUUUACAGAUCAGUAGUUUUGGCAAUGUGUUCCCUGGAAAUAGAAUGUUGCUACAGAAACAGAAUGUUAAGAGAAAAGGUGUGUAACUAUGGAAAGUACUGUUAGGAGAUAGAAACAGAUGGUGACUUGAUUUUAUUGGGGUCAUGUUUAUGGUUGCCACUCGUAUAACUUCCAAUGAAAGUGAAGGCAACUUUUGUAGAUACAUUUUUUAUUCACUCAUUUUUGUCUACCACCUUUUGUAAAAAAAAAAACAUCAACACUAAUUUAUCCUG